AUGGCUGCCAGGUCGUCGGAUGGGCUUCGUCUCCUGUCCGAUGUCAACAUCCCGGACGCAAGAUUGAACGACGACUCAUCCGGUGACGAUAAAAGUGUAAUUGAUCUGCGCGAUCUUGGUGGGGGGCCACGCGAUUCAUUUCGUAGUGACUUGACCGAUACACCACCCAAAGGUGUCGAUCAUGGCGAUCAACCUCAUGCUUUGCCAGUGCCAACCAAUAAACCAAGGCGUCGGUGUUCGGGUCUCUUCGUCACUCUUAUCGUCCUGGGAGUAUACACCACCCUCCUGUCUGGGGUCUUCUUCGUCGUCGCGUGUAUCAAGCCCUUCUAUGGCAGUUUGAUCGGCAACAAUGCCGGACUCACUGCCUCUUCCGCGUCCUUGCUGAGCGCCCUUUUAGCCAAAACAAUCGAGCUCUCUUAUGUCACAGUUUGUGUUGCAUUCCUGGGCCAACUGUUGAGUCGACGGGCUCUCACGCAUGGGUCUGAGGGUGUCAGCAUCGCCGACAUGACGCUGCGAACCUGGAUCACGCAGCCGGGAUCGCUGCUAAUGCAGUGGGACGUGUUGCGCUAUGUCGGCUGGACGACGCUUGGUGGGUUGACGCUGAUUGUUGCUCUGGUUGCGAUGCUGUAUACCACCGCUGCUGAAGCGUUAGUAUCUCCAAGCUUGGUUUUAGGCCCCGUCCAACCCCGACUUCUGCAGGGAAAUGUUUCCACCCAGUACUCCAACCCUUAUUAUUUGGAGGAUGCCUGUCAGAGUCCAAUCACUGCCGCCGUUGACCCGACAUCCUGGAAUGAGACCUGCCUGGCGAUGGAGAUAGCCGGCCGCUCAUACCAUGACUACUACCAAUACCUGCAAGGUUGGGCCGAAAUGCUGAAAGCCGGGAAUAACACCUCGACUGCACUUGCUUAUCGUCCGCAGCCACAUGCCUUGUUAUACGACAACACCACAGUAACGGGUCGCUGGAUUGAAAUUGUGAACACCACCGCCGUGUCCGAACAGCAUGGUCGAGUCGUCAACAAUGUUACUGCCGCCUACCCUCACGGAGGCCUCUUCGCCGCUGCUCGCAACCCCGCAAAUAAGAUCCAGCAGCCAGUUGAUAUGUCCGGCGAGGGUAAAUACAUUAUCCAAGCCUCUCUCCCUUCACCUGCAAUCAAUGUGAUGUGUGUCGGCAUGUCUCAUGACGAGCUGAAACCCCUCAUCUACACCGAGUGGCCCAACCAUAAGCCCUUCAACGCAUCGACUUGGGCAACCGCUGCACCAACCUACUCGAUCAACACGAACCGCACCGUCGUCGAUGACCUUUUCGGCUUCAGCGAAGACCAAGGCGCCCCUGUCUUUCCGAUUUACCCCAAAGACUACAACACCAUUCUAAAUCCCAAAGUUGACAACACAACCUCCAUCUACAUCUUAGGCAGUGCUCCUCCAGGUCACGACCCGAAGUACAUCCUCUGCAGCUUGCGCGGAAAGCUUUCCGGUCGCUGCUCAGCCCGGUACCAGGUCGACCCUAGCGGCGGUGACCUGAGCUCCCGCUGCGAAGACGCGGCCGACGGGCUCCAGUACAACCGGAUACAUCCUAACACGUCGGAGGAUCAAUACCUGAUGAACUGGAAAAGCGUAGGAUGGGAGUGGGCCGACACGGUGACGCUCGGGUCAGGCAUCAUGGGUGACAACGCCAGUAUCGAACGCACGCUGAUGGAAUUGAUCCCGAGUUUCGAUAAUACCACCAAUACCUCUUCGCUAGAUCCUCGACUCCCCUCGCUCAGUGAGGCUUUGGCCGUCUUAGCGGGGAGUACCGCUCUCCUCGGCAGUCAGGAUUCUCCAUUCGUUCCCGAUUGGAAUUACGCUGAGGCCAGUCUCGCUACCCCGGUUGUGCAGGUGUUCAACGCGACGCUGCAGUCCGCGGGCUAUGCGUCCGGCCGGACGAGUGACUGGCAGCAGGUGUUUUAUGUGAUUCUAGCUGUGGUCUUUCUGACGAACAUCAUGUGUCUGGGGUUCAUCCUCUUCCAGGGACGCGGGCAGUUAGUGACGGAUUUCACGGAACCGCCGAAUCUAUUUGCUUUGGCCGUUAAUAGUCCGGGGACGGUGCAUGCCUGGUCUGGAGCGCAGCUGGGAGCGGCAGGGACUCCGCGCUUGCGCGAUCGAUGGCAUGUCGAUAUGCGCGAGGAGAGCGGACAUUAUUAUAUUCGUACCCGGGGGCAAUUGCAGGACCUUGAGGAUAGGGAGGCGAACUAA